CGCCGGAAUUCUUGAGGCUGCCGAGCGGCCACGGGUGGGAGGGCGGCCGUCGCUGUACGCAGAGCCUCAAAACCUAGGACUUCUGGGAGCUCAGGAACCCCAGGAGCGGAGCUCAGCCGUGGGGAAGAAACGCGAGGUGCUGCUUGCUCUUUCGCUUUCCUCGCUCCGUUUAGUAAGUGGGUGGGGGUGGUGUGGCCGGCGUCGCGAGGCAUUCGGAAGCCCGCGUCUGGGGAGAAAAUUCACCUGUUUCGAGACAGCGCGUCGGACUUGGAGGGAGCGGCGGUAAGCUCUCGCUCCUGGCACAAUGGGCUGUACGCUGAGCGCCGAGGACAAGGCGGCGGUGGAGCGGAGUAAGAUGAUAGACCGGAACCUCCGCGAGGAUGGCGAGAAGGCGGCGCGGGAGGUCAAACUGCUGCUGCUUGGUGCUGGUGAAUCUGGGAAAAGUACAAUUGUGAAGCAAAUGAAAAUUAUCCAUGAAGCUGGUUAUUCGGAAGAGGAAUGUAAACAGUACAAAGCAGUGGUCUACAGUAACACCAUUCAGUCAAUUAUUGCUAUCAUUAGGGCCAUGGGGAGGUUGAAAAUAGACUUUGGUGACUCAGCUCGUGCGGAUGAUGCCCGUCAACUCUUUGUGCUUGCUGGAGCUGCUGAAGAAGGUUUUAUGACUGCAGAACUUGCUGGAGUUAUAAAGAGAUUGUGGAAAGAUAGUGGUGUACAAGCCUGUUUCAACAGAUCCCGAGAGUACCAGCUUAAUGAUUCUGCAGCAUACUAUUUGAACGACUUGGACAGAAUAGCUCAGCCAAAUUACAUCCCAACUCAACAAGAUGUUCUCAGAACUCGAGUGAAAACUACAGGAAUUGUUGAAACCCAUUUUACUUUCAAAGAUCUUCACUUUAAAAUGUUUGAUGUGGGAGGACAGAGAUCUGAGCGGAAGAAAUGGAUUCAUUGCUUUGAAGGAGUGACUGCCAUCAUUUUCUGUGUGGCACUGAGUGACUAUGACCUGGUUCUAGCUGAAGAUGAAGAAAUGAAUCGAAUGCAUGAAAGCAUGAAGUUGUUCGACAGCAUAUGUAACAACAAGUGGUUUACAGAAACAUCUAUUAUACUUUUUCUAAACAAGAAGGAUCUCUUCGAAGAAAAAAUCAAAAAGAGCCCUCUCACUAUAUGCUAUCCAGAAUAUGCAGGCUCAAACACAUACGAAGAAGCAGCUGCGUAUAUUCAAUGUCAGUUUGAAGACCUCAAUAAAAGAAAGGACACAAAGGAAAUAUACACCCACUUCACAUGUGCCACAGAUACUAAGAAUGUGCAGUUUGUUUUUGAUGCCGUAACAGAUGUCAUCAUAAAAAAUAAUCUAAAAGAUUGUGGUCUCUUCUAAGUUUUGCAGUCAAUGGUUAAAUGCAUUUUCAAACCAAAUGAGUACUUACAUGUGGAUCUCUCUAGACUAGAGUCUUGCAGCAACACAGAAUGUAGUUAAUAUACAAAAAACACACCUGGACCUGACCAAAGUUAUUUUAUUCUGUUUUUUUUUUUUUUUUUUUUUAACUGAAAGGGAAAAAAAAAAAAAAAAAAGACCUUAAAUGUGAAAGGUGGUCCUUCAGUGUGAAACUAAGGGCAGUGUUAAAACUGGGCUCUAGUAUAUUGAUGAUUUCUGCGUAAGUGUAAAUAUGCAAAUGUAUGUAUACACGUAUUUAUAACUUUGGUUUUCCAUUAUGGGUUUCCACAUUGCUUUUUUUUAGGUUUUAAGAGCAGCAACUUACAAUUCUAGUGUGAUUGCUUUGGAAAUAACAGAAAUAUUGAGUACUUUGUACUCAAGGACAGAUUUUACCAUGUUUUCCAGUUUUAAACAGCUUUAUGUUCAUGCCCUGUAAGUUUUUAAGUACAGUAAUUAAUAUUAGGGAACACUGAAGACCUUAUCCUGAUAAUCUUGUAAUCAUAAAAAUGUUAUUUGUACAAACAUUGCACAGACUAUUUU